UCUUUUAGCUUAUCUCAUUAAACCUUUGACAUAAAUGCUCAAUCUUUAGGGUUUAGUCUCCUCUUUCGGCAUUCCCAGACCUGAAGAAGCCAAUGCAGUUAGUGCUUUUGGGAGGUUUAUCUUCCGCUUUCACACCAGUUAAAGCACCAAUAAAAAUGGCAGCUUCCACUUCCCUCUCGCUUUUUCCGUACAGAUUCUGUUACAGACCAAGCCCUAUAAAUCGUUACAUUUCUUGCUCCGUCGGCUUUCCUACUCCCAUAGGUACACGAAGAACUAAAAUUCCACUUAAAAGUUCAGGAAGAUUAGAUGGGGCUAGAAAAAGUAUGGAAGAUUCUGUCCAACGCAAGAUGGAGCAGUUUUAUGAAGGAACUGCUGGGCCACCGCUUCGAGUCCUUCCGAUUGGUGGCUUGGGUGAAAUCGGAAUGAAUUGCAUGCUUCUUGGGCAUUAUGACCGCUAUAUUAUAAUUGAUGCCGGUGUUAUGUUUCCAGACUAUGAUGAGCUUGGAGUCCAAAAGAUUAUACCUGAUACAACAUUUAUUAAGAAAUGGAGCCACAAAAUUGAAGCAGUUGUGAUAACACAUGGCCAUGAAGAUCACAUUGGUGCGUUGCCUUGGGUUAUCCCAGCAUUGGAUCCCCAUACUCCCAUAUAUGCAUCAUCCUUUACAAUGGAGCUGAUUAAAAAGCGUUUGAAGGAGAAUGGGAUUUUUGUACCAUCUAGGCUUAAAGUAUUUAAAAUCAGGAGGAGAUUUAUGGCUGGGCCAUUUGAAAUAGAGCCUCUCAGAGUAACCCAUUCAAUUCCUGAUUGUUGUGGAUUAGUUCUUCGCUGUGCCGAUGGUACAAUUCUUCACACUGGGGACUGGAAGAUUGAUGAAUCACCACUGGAUGGGAAGAAUUUUGACCGAAAGUGUUUAGAGGAACUCUCUAAGGAAGGAGUAACACUGAUGAUGAGUGACUCGACCAAUGUAUUGUCACCUGGAAGGACAAUUAGCGAAACUGCAGUAGCAGAUGCAUUGUUGAGGCAUAUUUCAGGUGCUAAAGGAAGGAUCAUUACUACUCAGUUUGCAUCAAACAUACACCGGCUUGGAAGUGUAAAGGCUGCGGCAGAUUUAACGGGUAGAAAAUUGGUAUUUGUUGGCAUGUCACUGAGGACGUAUCUGGAUGCAGCUUGGAAGGAUGGAAAAGCACCAAUUGAUCCAUCAACUCUGGUGAAAGCAGAAGAUAUUGAUGCCUAUGCUCCAAAGGAUUUGAUAAUUGUCACAACUGGAUCACAAGCAGAGCCACGUGCUGCCUUGAAUCUUGCAUCGUAUGGAAGUAGUCAUUCCUUCAAACUGAACAAGGAAGAUGUGAUUCUCUAUUCAGCUAAGGUAAUCCCUGGUAAUGAAUCUCGGGUGAUGAAGAUGCUAAACCGAAUAUCAGAGAUUGGAUCAAAUAUAGUGAUGGGUAAGAAUGAGGGGCUGCAUACUUCUGGUCAUGCGUACCGUGGAGAACUAGAGGAAGUACUUCAAAUUGUAAAGCCACAACAUUUUCUACCCAUACAUGGAGAGCUCUUGUUCCUAAAAGAGCAUGAGCUACUUGGGAAAUCAACGGGUAUUCGACACACCACUGUUAUAAAGAAUGGAGAGAUGCUUGGGGUUUCUCAUUUGAGGAAUAGAAGAGUUCUUUCUAACGGUUUCAGUUCCCUUGGGAAGGAGAAUUUGCAGCUAAUGUACAGUGAUGGUGAUAAAGCAUUUGGAACAUCAACUGAACUUUGUGUUGAUGAGAGGCUAAGAAUUGCAUCUGAUGGUAUUAUAGUGGUCAGCAUGGAAAUUUUACGCCCCCAAAAGGAAGAUGGCAUAGUUGAAAAUAGAUUAAAAGGGAGGAUAAGAAUCACUACACGCUGCUUAUGGCUAGACAAGGGGAAGCUUUUAGAUACACUCCAUAAAGCUGCUCAUGCGGCACUGUCAAGCUGUCCUGUGAAUUGUCCUCUACCUCACAUGGAAAGAACUGUUUCAGAGGUAUUGAGGAAGACAGUAAGGAAGUAUAGUGGUAAGAGGCCUGAAGUCAUUGCCAUUGCAUCAGAGAACCCAGCAGGAGUUCUCUCUGAAGAGCUGAAUGAAAGGCUAUCUGGUAAUUCCAAUGUUGGUUUUGAGUUGCCAACAUUGAGAGACAUGGUAGAUGAGCAUCCAAAAAGGGGAUCACCAAACAAGAUAAAAGCAGAAGAAGAUGACAGUACGUUGCAUGUAGAGGAUGCCUCGGAACAAAAUUUGAUAGCAGAUGGUGAUGGUGAAGUCGACAGGUUCUUACCCGAGGACGACGCCAGUACAUCAAGUCCUGACCGUGCAGAAAGUCAUACACUCAAUAAUGAUGAUUCUGAUGAAUUUUGGAUAUCAUUCAUCAAAUCAUCGUCACCUGUUGACAAUUUAGAAAAAGAUAAUGUGUUGGUCCAAAAGGAGGAACACGAGCCAGAACUUGAGAGUGAUGGCACUGCUAGCAGUGGUGAUAAGCCGGAAAAACCUAGCUCUCAACUAAAGUCAUCAAAGCCUAAGAGGAACAAAUGGAAACCUGAAGAGGUUAAGAAGCUGAUUAAACUACGGGGGGAUUUGCAUAUCAGAUUUCAAGCUGUGAAGGGGAGAAUGGCCCUCUGGGAGGAAAUAUCUACAAGCUUGUUGGAAGAAGGAAUUAGUCGAAGCCCUGCACAGUGUAAAUCUCUAUGGGCAUCCCUGGUUCAGAAAUAUGAGGAAAACAAGAAUGAGAAGAAAAGUCGUAAGAGUUGGCCCUAUUUUGAGGACAUGAAUAGGGUUUUAAGUGAUUUUGAGGGACAACCACAAAAUGACUGAAGUGUGGAG